UUGUGAUGCACGCUGAGAAUUCAGGAUUUUGCAUCAUUCGUGGUAGCCGACUGAUGGGAACAGUGUAUGUUUUUGAACGUUAGAACUAAAGUACUGUUUUAUAAUGGCUGGAGAUAAAUUUCUGACUUCUCAAAUAAGUAGAAAUGAAGUUAUAGGUUUAGUUUUCCGUUUGACACUGUUUGGAGCACUUACAUAUUUUGGAAUUCGCUGGGUAGUGAAAGCAAUCGACCCAACUAGAAAACAGAAACUUGAAGCCCAAAAAAGGGCAGAAAGAAUUUUGAAUAGAAUUGGUGUAAAGAAUGUUCAGCUAAGUGAAUAUGAACUUUCCAUUGCUGCACAAUUAGUAGAUCCUACCACCAUAAAUAUAUCAUGGAAUGAUAUUGCGGGAUUGGAUGACAUCAUUCAAGAAAUCAGAGAAACUGUUAUUCUUCCAAUCCAGAGACGAGAACUUUUUUCUGGAUCAAUGCUGAUACAACCACCUAAAGGUGUACUUUUGCAUGGACCACCUGGCUGUGGGAAAACUAUGAUUGCCAAAGCUACAGCAAAGGAAGCAGGUGCACGCUUCAUAAAUUUGGAGGUUUCAUCUCUGACAGAUAAAUGGUAUGGGGAGAGUCAAAAGCUAGCUGCUGCAGUUUUCACACUGGCUCUUAAAAUACAACCUUGUAUAAUUUUUAUUGAUGAAAUUGAUUCAUUUCUUCGUUCACGAGAUACGUAUGAUCAUGAAGCGACUGCUAUGAUGAAAGCACAGUUUAUGAGCUUAUGGGAUGGUCUCAUCACAGAUCCAGAGUGUCAAGUCAUUGUCAUGGGAGCUACAAAUAGACCUCAGGAUGUUGAUAGAGCUAUUUUGCGUCGAAUGCCUUCAAUGUUUCACAUUGGUCUUCCGAACCAGAAGCAAAGGAGUGGAAUUUUGAAGCUUGUGUUAGAAAAUGAAAUGGUUUCAGAUGAAGUAAAUGUGGAUGAAAUAGCCAUGUUGACGGAUGGAUUCUCUGGAAGUGAUCUCAGAGAGUUAUGUCGUAAUGCUGCAUUGUACAGAGUAAGAGAUUAUUGUAAAGAAGAAAUUAAAGCAGAAGCAUUAGGUGACAGUCCAUCGGAUUCAGAAGUGUACCAUGACGCACUACGCCCUAUAAGUAUGGAAGAUUUUUCAAGUGCUUUGUCAAGAAUGAAAGAUUCAAAAUAUCAUACAGGUUUCAAAGCGAAACCUAAAAUUCCAGAUUUAGAUUAAAAUAAACCUUAAAAAACUUAA